AUGACCAUUGUUACAGUUCAGGUAGAAACGCAUAUUAUCAGUAGAGAUAAAGUCGAGUGGACUUUUAAAUUUAUUCUCUUUCUUUCUUUCUUUCUUUCUUUCUUUCUUUCUUUCUUUCUUUCUCUCUCUCUUCUAUCUAUCUAUCUAUCUAUCUAUCUAUCUAUCUAUCUAUCUAUCUAUCUAUCUAUCUAUCUAUCUAUUUCAGUCGAGUCAAACCUAUCUCAAUCUGUUUCUAUCUAUCUAUCUAUCUAUCUAUCUAUCUAUCUAUCUAUCUAUCUGAGUCGAUUUCUUACUAUAGGCUUCUAUCUAUCUAUCUAUCUAUCUAUCUAUUUCAGUCGAGUCAUACCUAUCUCAAUCUGUUUCUAUCUAUCUAUCUAUCUAUCUAUCUAUCUAUCUAUCUAUCUGAGUCGCUUUCUGUCUAUGGGGUCUUCUUCUAUCUAUCUAUCUAUCUAUCUAUCUCCGUCGAGUCAUACCUACCUUGCUUUAGUUUCAUUUCUUUGA